AUGAUGAUGGCUAGCAUUCUCUCGUGUCAGAGAAAAGACACAAAGCAACUGAGAGUGGAAAAAUGUCCUAUUGCCCUGGAGUGUGCGGGAAAACGCGAGCCCGAGAAGGAGGUAGAAGCCCAGCAAUGGAUAGAAGCAGUGAUCGGCGAGAGGUUUCCAAACAUCCCUUACGAGCAUGCUCUCCGCGAUGGCAUCAUACUGUGUAAACUGAUGAACCGCCUCCAGCCUGGUAUCAUUUCUAAGGUCAACGUUUCCGGUGGGGACUACAAAUUCAUGGACAAUAUUAAUCAAUUCCAAAAAGCAUGUGUCAAAUAUGGCGUCCCUGAUGUAGACCUCUUCCAAACGACAGACCUCUGGGACCAGAAGAACAUUGCUCUCGUCACACAAACCAUCUUUGCCCUUGGCAGGACAGCCUACAAACACCCUGAAUGGAGAGGGCCCUAUCUCGGACCUCGGCCAGCAGAAGAAAACCGUCGUGAGUUCAGCGAAGAUGUUCUCCGUGCCGGUAACUCUGUCAUCGGCCUACAAGCUGGUACAAACAAAUUGGCCAGCCAAUCUGGACAGAAUUUCGGUGCAUCCCGUAAAAUUAUUCUUGGAAAGUAA